AUGCGGGUUCGAACAUGUCUGACAGAUAUCAAAGCGUUCACUCAUUUACCACAAACACUUCAAGACACGUUAUUACAAAAUGCAUGGUACGAAUGUUAUGAACAACGGCGAACAAUUGUCCGACAAGGUGAACGUGCUGAUUGUUUUUAUAUGAUUUUAUCCGGUGUAGCAAUUCCGACGUAUAAACGAGCUACAGAUGGCAAUAUUGAAACAUUAAACGUAAUUGAAAGAGGAGCGACAUUUGGAGAAAAAGCAUUAAUGACAAAUUCACUACAAACAUUUACAGUAACUUCAAAAACCAAAAUUGAAAUGCUCGUACUAUGGAGGGAGGAUUUUAAAAGAAUAUUUAUGUCAUCAGAUCGUCAUUGUAGUAAAGAAAAUCUUAAAUUUUUGAAAACCUGUGCGCCAGUACUUCGUGGUUUUCCAGUAGAAAAAUUAAGUGAGUUUCCACAUGCUAUACAACAUUCUAAUUACAAAUAUUUUAAAUUAAUAUGUAAAUUUGUAGACGUGGGAGCACUAUCAAUAUGGAAACGUUUGGAUCGUACAAGACAUUUACAGCAGCAAGACAAAGAAGAAGAGGAAGAGAAUGUAAAAGAUUCAGAACAACCAAGUAAUGAAGAUCAUAGUAUGUUUACUGAAAUAAAUUUAAGUGGUGAUGUAGAUGAGACGGCAGCAAAAGUAAAUGAUAUUAAUCCUUUGGAAGCAGAUUUUCGUCUAAGUAAAGCAAGACGAUCUCCAAUGGCUGAUAUUACAAGUGAAAAUCGAUCUGCAUCAUCAUUAUCAUUAUUAAACGAAGGUGCAGAAAAAAUAUUAAGAGGAGAAAAGCGUUUUCCCGGUCUCUUUGAUACUCGUGAUCGAUUGAAAUUAAUCGAUUAUGAUUCACUAACAAUCAAUGCAAAAUCCAAUUCUGUCGAUCGUAAUGUUCAUUUACAAACUGGACGAGCCGCACCAAUGAUCACAAAUCAAAAACGUUUAUUGACGCCAGGUUUAUCUGACAUGCUAUUUACUGAUCAACCAGCGUUAACUAUUAUAUCAAAUGAUUGUGAAUGUAUAUUAUUAUUAAAAUCAUCAUUUAUUCGAAUUGCUCCCGAUGCAUACAAAGAAAUGAUUCGUCGACAUGAAAUACCAUUUCCUACUGAAAAUGAUUUUUAUAAAUGUUAUCAUUCAAACGAAAUAUGGAAACGUUAUGCAAAAGAUGUUUAUAAUGAUGCAUUUAAACGAAUGAAUAAACAUAAAGAACGACAAGAAUUAUUACCAAUUCUAAUAAAUCAACAAAAAAUUACCAAUAUCAGUGAUCAAUUGGAAUAUGUUAAGUGA